AUGGAUGGUCUUCAGCUAGCUCGUAACUUGAGCCCAGAACGUCGGGUGCAAGUCGAACGAUCCAUGAAACGCAAGCUGGACGCACGCUGUUCUUUGUUCGUUAUCAUGUAUAUCAUGAACUAUCUGGACCGCAACAACAUCGCAUCCGCACGGCUUGGAACGCUUGAAAAAGAUCUCAAUCUCAACUAUAACCAGUAUGCCACUUGCCUUAGCAUUCUCUAUGUCGGCUACAUUCUCAUGCAAGUGCCGUCGAACAUGUUGAUCAAUCGAAUUGACCGCCCAUCAUGGUACAUAUCUGGUGCCAUGCUUACAUGGGGAGCGAUAUCUACAUUGACCGGCAUUGUUACGAACUUCGGCGGAAUGGUGGCCACUCGUUUCUUCUUGGGGUUUGUCGAGGCCGCCUUCUUACCAGGUGUACUGCUCAUCUUAUCUAAAUGGUACACCCGCAAAGAGCUCAGUCUGAGAAACGGAAUCUUGUACUGUGGUAACCUUGGAUCGAACGCGUUCUCUGCACUGGUCGGUGCUGGUGUGCUGUCCAAUAUGGAAGGAACAAUGGGUCAUGCUGCUUGGCGAUGGUUGUUCUGGAUCGAAGGUGCGAUUACAAUGGCUAUCGCGAUCAUAGCUGUACUCAUACUGCCUGAUCUGCCACACAACACUCGCGGUUUCACGGAAGAAGAACGACAAGUUGCUCAAUUGCGAUUGAUCGAAGAUAUCGGCGAAGCUGACACCGAUUCCGACGAACAAGGGCCGUUUGAAGGCCUGUUCAUGUGCCUGAAGGAUAUCAAGGUCUAUGUUAUGAUGCUCAGCUUUACAGCCUAUGUCGUCGGUGUAUCAUACAACGCCUUUUUCCCGACUCUUACUGGCACACUGGGCUUUGCUAGGAUCCCAACUCUUCUCAUGAGCGCUCCUCCGUGGAUCUUUGCCUGCAUCGUAUCUCUUGUAAAUGCAUGGCACGCCGACCGUACGCAAGAGAAAUUCUGGCAUAUAGGUGGACCUAUCUGUGUUGGCGUCCUAGGCUGCGUGAUCAGCAUGUCAACGACAAACGUAGCAGCUAGGUACGUGGCAUUGUUUCUACAGGCCAGCGCCUACGCCGGAUUUAUCGUGGUCUAUUCGUGGAUUAGUUCCUCUUUCCCUAGGCCGCCAGCUAAAAGAGCUGUUGCGAUCGCUCUGAUCAACGCGUUCUCACAACUAGGCAAUGUCGCCGGGUCCUACGUGUGGCACUUGAAGGAAAACGGAUACCGGAAGAGUUACGGCAUUGUUCUGUCCAUGUUUGGAGUUGCUUUCUGUGGAAUGUGGCUGUUCAGACACAUGCUGGUGACGUUGAACAAGGAGCUUGAUGCAGCAGAAGAGGCUUUAGCGAACGAUACCAGUGACGAGAAAGCUGCUGGUUCUCCAAAGGAAAACGUUGCAGCCCAGAAUGCGAUACUAGCCAAUGCGACGUUCAGGUAUCAGCUUUAG